AAAUCCACAAUUCCAUGCCAUCUUGUAGAGUCCAGAAUGCACAGCAGUGUAUAUAAGGUCCACGCCUGGGAGGUCUCCGACCAGUUGCUGCAGAUCCGGCAGGACGUCGAGUCUUGCUACUUUGCCGCCCAGACCAUGAAGAUGAAAAUCCAGACCUCAUUCUACGAGCUCCCCACAGACUCGCACGUCUCGCUGCGGGACUCGUUGCUUUCCCACAUCCAGAACUUGAAAGACAUGUCCCCUGUCAUCGUCACCCAGCUUGCGUUAGCCAUAGCAGACCUCGCCCUACAAAUGGCCUCUUGGAAAGGCUGCGUGCACACACUGGUUGAAAAGUACAAUAACGAUGUGACGUCACUGCCCUUCUUGCUGGAAAUCCUGACGGUGCUGCCGGAAGAGGUCCACAGCCGGUCCUUGCGCAUCGGAGCCAACCGCCGCACAGAGAUCAUCGAGGACUUGGCUUUCUAUUCUAGCACAGUUGUCUCUCUGCUGGUGACGUGCGUGGAGAAGGCCGGCAACGACGAGAAGAUGCUCAUCAAGAUCUUCCGCUGUCUGGGCAGCUGGUUCAACCUGGGCGUCCUCGACAGCACUUUCAUGGCCAACAGCAAGCUCCUCUCGCUGCUCUUCGAGGUCCUGCAACAAGACAAGACGUCCUCCAAUUUGCACGAGGCUGCGUCCGACUGCGUCUGUUCUGCGCUGUACGCGAUUGAGAACGUGGAGACGAACCUUCCCCUGGCCCUCCAGCUCUUCCAGGGGGUCCUGACGCUGGAGACGGCUUACCACAUGGCCGUGGCACGCGAGGAUUUAGACAAGGUUCUGAAUUACUGCCGGAUCUUCACUGAACUCUGUGAAACUUUUCUGGAUAAAAUUGUUUGCACUCCUGGCCAGGGCCUGGGCGACCUGCGGACCAUCGAGCUGCUCUUGAUCUGUGCAGGCCACCCGCAGUAUGAGGUGGUGGAAAUUUCUUUCAACUUCUGGUACCGACUGGGGGAGCACCUUUACAAGACAGACAACGCCGUCAUCCAUAGCAUCUUCAAGGCCUACAUCCAGAGGCUCCUUCACGCACUUGCUCGGCACUGUCAGCUGGAUCCAGACCACGAAGGGAUCCCCGAGGAGACCGACGACUUUGGCGAGUUCCGGAUGAGGGUCUCCGAUCUCGUGAAAGAUCUGAUCUUUCUGGUUGGCUCCGUGGAAUGUUUUGCCCAGCUUUAUGCCACCCUGAAAGAAGGUCACCCUCCUUGGGAAGUGACGGAAGCGGUUCUCUUCAUCAUGGCCUCGAUAGCCAAGAGCGUUGACCAAGAGAACAACCCGACGCUGGUGGAGGUCCUGGACGGGGUGGUGCGCCUUCCUGAAUCGGUGCACGUGGCUGUCCGCUACACGAGUAUAGAGUUGGUGGGCGAAAUGAGCGAGGUUGUGGACAGGAACCCUCAAUUCCUUGAUCCUGUGCUCGGCUACUUGAUGAAGGGCCUGUGCGAGAAGUCGCUGGCCUCGGUGGCGGCCAAAGCCAUCCACAACAUCUGCUCGGUGUGCCGGGACCACAUGGCCCAGCACUUCAGCGGGUUGCUGGAAAUCGCCCGCUCCCUCGACUCCUUCAUGCUCUCCCCGGAGGCGGCCGUAGGGCUCCUCAAAGGGACCGCGUUAGUGCUGGCCCGGCUGCCUUUGGAAAAGAUCUCCGCCUGCCUCAGUGAGCUUUGUGCCGUUCAGGUGAUGGCAUUGAAAAAGCUUCUCUCCCAGGAGCCCAGCAACGGCCUCUCCUCAGAUCCCACUGUGCCCCUAGAUCGUCUCGCUGUUAUAUUUAGGCAUACCAACCCUAUUGUAGAAAAUGGACAGACCCACCCGUGCCAAAAAGUCAUCCAGGAGAUCUGGCCCGUCCUGUCAGAGACCCUGAACAAACACCGUGCCGAUAACCGCAUCGUGGAGCGUUGCUGCCGGUGCCUGCGUUUCGCUGUCCGUUGCGUCGGCAAGGGGUCAGCGGCGCUCUUGCAGCCUCUAGUCACUCAGAUGGUGAGCGUGUACCAGGAGCACCAGCACUCCUGCUUCCUCUACCUGGGAAGCAUCCUGGUGGACGAGUACGGCAUGGAGGAGGGCUGCCGGCAGGGGCUGCUUGACAUGCUUCAGGCUCUGUGCGUCCCCACUUUCAGGCUCAUCGAGCAACCAAAUGGCCUUCAGAACCACCCUGACACUGUGGACGACCUCUUCCGGCUGGCGACCAGGUUCAUUCAGCGCAGCCCGAUCACGCUGCUCCGCAGCCAGGUGAUCCUGCCCAUCCUGCAGUGGGCCAUCGCCGCCACCACCCUGGACCACCGCGAUGCCAACUGCAGUGUCAUGAAGUUCUUACGUGACCUUGUCCACACAGGAGUGGCCAAUGAUCACGAAGAUGAUUUCGAGGCGCGGAAGGAGCUCAUCGGGCAGGUGAUGGCGCAGCUGGGCCAGCAGCUCGUGAACCAGCUCUUGCACACCAGCUGCUUCUGUCUGCCCCCUUACACUCUGCCCGACGUGGCCGAGGUGCUGUGGGAAAUCAUGCAGGUCGACCGGCCGACCUUCUGCCGCUGGCUGGAGAACUCGCUGAAGGGCUUACCAAAGGAAUCGACGGGGGGAGCGGUGCAGGUGACGCACAAGCAGUUGACGGACUUCCACAAGCAGGUCACGAGGUCAGUGGGGGCCCUCCCUGGGGGAGAGGGGGGAGGGGAGGCCCAGUGGGGGCGCAACGAGUUCGGGCAAGCCUGUGCCCGGCCCGGCCCGGCCGGUGCCCUCUACCUCAGCGGGCCCUCAGGCUCUGCCAGCACCUGCAGCUGGCAAUCCUGCUCCCCCACCCCGGACUGGGUGAACCCUCCGAGACAAGCCCCAGCCAGCCUGCUCCUCCACGUGGUGGUGUUCACGCCCACGUGCCUGGCGGCCAAGCCGUACUUCCUGCCUCGCCCCGCACCACCCCUGUAA